AUGCAAAAAGUAUUGUUUGUUGUCCUAAUAGCCCUUGCAGGAUGUUUCUGUUGGGAGGAAGAAAUUGAAAAGUCAACUCGUCCUCCACUAUUAUGCCUUAUAGCUUGUCCAAAGUGUCCACCUAUAACUUGUCCUGAAGGUACCAAAGUCGGAUACUAUUCUUCUGUUUGCCAAUGCUGUCCGACUUGUGUGAUUUCCGAAGGAGACGAUUGUCCCUGGACGGGCCCUGAACCACCCUCUGGAAAGGUUCGAUGUGAAGUUUACACAGAAUGUUGCGAGGGAGUUUGCACUAAGGGAGACUGUGUAACUGAGUCUACUUCAGAGUCUACUGAGUCUACAGAUUCUUCAACCACAGAGCCAUCAACGACGACAGAUUCAGAAUAAAUAAGU